UCUGUUCCCAGUUACGGAGUCUCCGUUUCGUCAUCCGGUGCUUUAAAAUUCGUCACCCGGUGAUUUGUUUUGGACCGUCAGAUCCCGGAAAUGGACGCGAUCCAAGCGGCGAAAAGGAGGGCGAUGCGGCGGUACCGCCGGCUCCAAAGGAUCGGAACGCUGCUCCGCUGCCUCGAGGCCUCCGCUGCUCUCUUCCUCCUCUCCUGGUCCUCCGCCCGCAUCCCCGCCGGUUUCCUCCGCCACCUCGCCUCCGUCCUCCUCAGCUCCCGCUUCGUCUUCCUCCUCGCCAACGCCAUCGUUCUACUCCUCCUCGCCGACUCCGGCCGGAAAUUUCCCGCCUCUCCCAACUCCUCCUCCGGCGAUUUCUACGAGGAGUUCCUCGAGACCCGCGGCAGCCGGCUCUCCUGCCCCCUCCCGCCGCCACCGGUGGCGGUGGUGUUCGAGGACAAGGCGGUGUGCGUGGAGAUGCGCGCAGACCAGCGGAGCCAGUCGGACAGGGUGGAUCCUCGCAGGGGGGCGCCACCCGAGCUCCGGGGCGACAAGACGCAGGUGACGGAGGAGGAGAUUCCGGCGGAUGCGGAGGAGUUCCGGCGCGCGGUGGAGGCGUUCAUCGCGAAACAGACCAAGUUUCACCUGCAGGAGCGCAUGGCCAUCGUCUCGGCGCCCGCGCCCUUAAACUGUUCCGUGGGAUCACCAGAACCGACUAUUUUACAACAAUAAUAAUCAUAUAUAUAUAUAUAUGGAAAAAUAAAAAUGUAGAUGAUAUAAAGAGUUAUCACGCAAUGUGAUGACUUCUCUGGAAUUUGGCGGCAUUAUAUUCCAAGAAAAAUUAGUUUUAAAUGA